AUGGCCCUGCUGCGGCUCCGGUGGGCGCUGCUGCUGCUGCCGCCGCUGCUCUUGCCGCCCGCCCGCCCCGCCGCCCCCCGGAGCCCGGAGCCCGACCAGCCCUUCCGGGUGCCGUCGGGGUGGCGUCGGGUGGGGCGCGUGGCCCCCUCCGAGCGGCUGAGCCUGACCUUCGCCCUCCGGCAGCAGGGAGUGGGGCGCCUGGCCCAAUGGGUGGAGCGCCUCGCCGACCCCCGCUCCCCCCACUACGGUCAGUCCUGCCCGCCCCCCCUCUCCUGCUCAGCAAAGAAAGGCCUCUCCUCUCCUGUGCCUCCUCCUGGCCUUCUAGGGCAGUUCCUGACGCUGGCUGAGGUGGGGGCCUUGGUCAAGCCAUCUUCCCUAGCACUGGACACUGUCCACAAGUGGCUGGAGGCUUCCGGUGUCCGAGAUUGCCAGGAGUUGCAGACCAGGGAUUUCUUGCAGUGCCAGAUGGCAGCAAGUGUUGCGGAGCAGCUCCUGCCAGGUGCUCAGUUCCACCGCUACAGGGAUGGCGAGGAGCGCAGUGUGGUGCGGUCACCUUUCCCCUACGCUCUGAAGGAGGAGCUGGCUGAGCAUGUGGAGUUCGUGGGGGGCCUUCACCGGUUCCCCAAGAAGGCUUCCUCCUGGCGGGGGCUGUCCCCCUCCUCCUCCUUCCACCUGGGCGUCACGCCAGCUGUGAUCCGCAAACGCUACAAUCUGACCGAGCAGGAUGUGGGGGCCGCAGCCAACAACAGCCAAGCCUGUGCCCAGUUCCUGGAGCAGUACUUCCACCAGGCGGACUUGGCCGAGUUCAUGCAGCUCUUUGGGGGGGGCUUCCCGCACCGCUCGAACGUGGACCAGGUCAUCGGGCGCCAGGGCUGGGGCAAGGCUGGCAUUGAAGCCAGCCUGGACGUGGAGUAUCUCAUGAGCACGGGGGCGAACAUCUCCACCUGGGUCUUCAGCAAUGGAGGGAGGCACGAGAGCCAGGAGCCCUUCCUGGACUGGCUGCUGGUGCUGAGCAACACGUCGGCCUUGCCCUGGGUGCACACCGUCAGCUACGGCGACGACGAGGACAGCCUCUCCCAGGCCUACAUGGCCCGCGUCAAUGUGGAGUUCAUGAAGGCGGCAGCCCGGGGGAUCAGCAUCCUCUUUGCCUCAGGUGACUCAGGGGCAGGUUGCCGCAAGGUCUCCGGGGAAAGCACGUGUUCCGGCCUCAGCUUCCCAGCCUCCAGUCCUUACGUGACAACAGUGGGCGGGACGUCCUUCCCACCCUUCCUGGUGAGUGCCGAAGUGGUCGACUACAUCAGUGGAGGCGGCUUCAGCAACAUCUUCCCCAUGCCGGGUUACCAGGUGCAGGCAGUGAAACGGUUCCUGAGCACAGCCUCCAAGCUGCCGCCCUCCUCUUACUACAACACCAGCGGGCGAGCCUACCCGGACCUGGCGGCCCUUUCCGACAACUACUGGGUGGUGAUCAACCGCAUCCCUAUGCCGUGGGUCUCCGGCACCUCGGCCUCGACUCCUGUGGUGGGGGGCAUCCUUGCCCUGAUCAACGACCGGCGUCUCCAGCGAGGGCUGCCCCCUCUGGGCUUCCUCAACCCUGCCCUCUACCGGCUGCAGGAGGGAGGGGCGUCCGCUGCCUUCUAUGAUGUGACGGAGGGGUGCCACUUGUCGUGCCUGGAUGCCACCGUGGAGGGCCAGGGUCUGUGCUGCUACCCCGCCUGGGACCCUGUGACAGGCUGGGGGACACCCAACUUCCCAGAGCUCCUGCGUGCCCUUCUGGGCCACUGA